AUGCAAGAGGAGGCUUGAUGAGGCGCUUCACCACGAACGCCCUCCCCACCUUGGGACCGCCUCCUAGGCAGCAGAGAAGACCGGACACCUUAAUGGUAAGUGCAUUUCCAGACUUGUCAUGCACGGCAGUGUAAGACACCGCGGCGGGCUGGCAUGGUAGUACAUGGAAGAGGCGGCAUGGUCGGUACAGCAAAUGGCGGUGAGACUUUGUGGCCCGGCUGCGAAGUUGGAUUGGGAGGUGGUGUUGUGGUGUUGAGACGCUUUGGUCUGCUCUUGGCUCUACCGCACUGCGAGACCUCUUCGUGCUGCUGUAGAUGGCUGUCUUUGUCCAGGGAAAAGAGGAAGAGAAGGAAUCCCUCGAGUCUUCAUGGCGGACGAAGUUGCAGUGCAAUUGCUAACCUUUUAUCCAAGUCCGGCCUGCAAAGCCAUGUGGCUCCAUCCGAGCGCAGAAUUCGCCACAUCGAGCGCCUGUUGGAACAGCAGCGCCACAUCAAUGCCGAAUUGGAGAAGAUUGAUGAUGAGACUCGGCGUGAAGUCGAGGACGGCCUUCGUCAUGAGCGUGCAGUGUCCGACAUGAUUGCUCAGAGCGAGCCGACAACGCCGCCGGAGUAUCAUGAACCCGUUCGCAACGUGACUACUCGCACAAAUCGCUACUCGGCAGCAAGCUUGACGUCACCACCAGGCAUUCCAGGCAGGCCCAAUCGCUCAAGUACGCGCUUGACAUCCCCUGCAGUCCUCGGAGCCAGGCCCUACUCCUCCACCAACCCCUCGGCACUCCCUUCUCAGUCUGUCCCUGGCUCCCGCCGUCACUCGGACGACGAAGAAGAAGUCGACAUCCUGUACUUUGAUCCUGGCCUUCACCGCUCUGCGGCAAAUCUGAACCGCAACUCCAUGCCCGCACCUUCCUACGACCGCCAGCGCAACAGCAACGCAGCAGAUCUCCGCUCCAGCCUCGGUGCGCUCGAUCAUUCGAGCUUCUUCACUGACGAAGAAGAGCAACCAUCCGCGCUCCCCACCAAACUGGCCACUAACAAGCCCUCUCCACCAGACAUCAAGACCUACCUGCAAGUCCAGCACACUGCAGACGGCUUCCCCAAGCUCAUCCGCCGCAGUGACGAUAGUGAGCUCGUUUCCGGGCCUUCUGCCGCUCUUGACCUCGCUCUAAACCACUUGUCAAACGUGGAGCAGCCGGGUACCGACCGCCUCACGGCUAGCCGUCACCGCAUCUCCCUCCCACCCUCGGCUGUGAGCAGCAACGGCACCAUUGCCCCACUCAACGGCAUCUUGACCAAUUCAAACGACUUCAAAUCUGCAGCUGCCGCCAGCCGUCGCUCUCUCGAAGUCAAAUUCUCCACAGAAACCAAGCGUCCUUCACUCAUGGCUACACCGCCUCGCAGCUCCAUGUCAAACGGCAUGGCCAAGGCUGCCUCUUCUUACUCUACCAACGACAUUCCCACUCUGAAGAGCAUCGAAUCUGAGCACUCUGGUGGCGUCUCCCUCACUUCGACUCAGCCUCAAGCUCGCAACACCGCCGACUCCGCCACCCAAGACCUCAACGGAGCUCACCGUGACCGCACUGCAUCUGACGCCACGGCUCACCCCACUCAGCGUCAGAGCCAGGACUUCGUCAACAUCUUGCAUCACAACCCUGAGAUCUUUGCUACGGCUCAAGCCGCUCUGCAAGGCAACGGUGCUUCCUUCGGCGGCCUUCACUUCUCCGACACCACCAACGGCAUGCCUCCCUUCCAAGCUCCUCACAUGCCCUACGGCCAGUCGCCCUACUAUGGUGGCAUGCAGUCACUCAACAACGGCUUCGGCAACAUGAACCUCACUGGCGGAUACGCUCCGCAAGGCCAGUGGGGAAACCAGCCCUCUCUCUACCAGCCCAACGGCUUCAGUGGCAUGCAGCAAUACCCAUCCAAUGGCCAGGCCAUUCAAGGAGCCGGUCGUUAUGAUGCCAACAAACCCGCCACCCACCCCCGCAAGGCCCAGACUGAUGAGCUCUACGCCAACGUCAGCGUCCCGGGUGUGGCAGGGCAGAUCUACGGACUGUGCAAGGAUCAGCAUGGCUGCCGCUUCUUGCAGCGCAAGCUGGAAGAGAAGAAUGAGCAGGACGUGCAGAUCAUCUUCGAUGAAGUCAAGGAUCACUUCCAAGAGUUGAUGGUCGAUCCCUUCGGCAACUACCUCUGCCAGCGUCUGCUCGAGCACUGCAACAACGAGCAGCGCACCGUCCUGGUCAAGAAUGCCGCGCCCGCCAUGACUCGCAUCGCUCUCAACCAGCAUGGCACUCGCGCUCUUCAGCGCAUGAUCGAGUCCAUCGCCACUCCCGAGCAGACCAACAUGCUCAUCGACGCCUUGCGCUACGACGUUGUCCAGCUCAUCCAAGACCUCAACGGCAACCACGUCAUUCAGAAAUGUCUUAACCACCUCAGCUCGCGGGAUGCUCAAUUCAUCUUCGACGCCGUCAGCGCCAACUGUGUUGUGGUCGGCACGCACCGUCAUGGCUGCUGCGUCGUGCAGCGUUGCGUUGACCAUGCUACCGGACCUCAGAAGGGUGCCAUGGUAGAUGCCGUCAUCGACAAUGCCUUUGCUCUGGUGCAGGAUCCGUUCGGCAACUACGUCGUGCAGUACGUUCUGGAUCUCAACGAGCCCAUGUUCACCGAGCCGCUGUGCCGCAGCUUCGCCGGCAACAUUGCCUUCCUUUCCAAGCAGAAGUUCAGCUCCAACGUCAUCGAGAAGUGCAUCCGCUCUGCCGGCCCCGACACGAGGCGUAUCCUCAUCCACGAGAUCAGCUCGCCUCAGGACAUGGAGAGGCUUCUCCGCGAUUCCUUCGCCAACUACGUCGUGCAGACCGCCAUGGACACUGCCGACGAGGAGCUCAAGGCCAUCAUCGUCGAGAGCCUGCGUCCCAUGAUCCCCGCUAUUCGCAACACUCCCCACGGGCGUCGCAUUCAGAGCAAGAUUCAAGACUACGACAACGGCAACACCGGGCCUCUCAACAAUGCCAACAUCAACAAGUCUGACUCCUCCUCUCAGGCUCACUCGAUCGCUUCUGCUGUUGUGCCCUCUGUUCCCCCUUUCGCCGCCCCUGCCAGCGGUCGUAGCAAUCGCAUGGGCAUGGUUGGUGCGCCGCCCGAAUGGUCUGUCGGGCACGGCUUCACCGGUCCUGCUGUCAAUGGCUUCCACGGUCCUGCUAUGAAUGGCUUCAAUGCUCCGAAUGUCAACGGCUUCCCCGGUCCUGCAAUCAACGGCUUCUCCGGUCAAGCUACGAAUGGCUACCACGGGCCAGCUGCCAACGGCUUCAACGGGCCAGCUGCCAACGGCGGGUAUUCUGGCGGCGACACCGGCUCUUCCGGCGCGCCGCGCAGCCAAGCAUACAACGCCCUUAACGGUUCUCAGAACUACCCUCAGCAGGGCAUGGGCGGCCCAGGCUUCCCCGGCUUCGGUCGUAACCCUCACUACGGCCAAUUCUAAGAUCACCAAAUGCUCCUCAUCAUGACGUCGCAGAUGUCAAGCGCCACCCUCCUUCAUGCCAGUCUCGCAAGAGCUAUGAACUGCAUUCUCCCUAACGGCCACCCCACGACGACAAA